UUGUAUUCCGUAGCCAUAUUGACUUAUUGUGCAAAAAUAAAGAGUGUAUUUAGACAUUAGGUACAUCUUGAAUUUGAUACAAUGAAUAAUAAAGAUAAUUUCAGUGAAGAUAUAUUUGAGUAUAUUAAAGUUAGUGAAGAUGAAGAUGAUUCAAAUGCUGUUGAAAUUCCUUGUGAAUUAGACGGGACCUUAUUGCUAUCUACGCUAGUGGCACAAUUCCCUGGAGCUUGCGGACUCAAAUACCGCCAUCCUGAUAGCAAAACUAUUCGGGGAAUACGUCUUAGUGAUGGCAAAUUGCAUCCACCGAGUGAACAAGGUUGGGCAAAACUUUUAUUUAUAUGCGUUUUUCCAAAGGAAAAUAAACGCAAAAUGGAAGACGUAUCACCGGAAAAUUCAGCGGCUAAAACUAAACGCUUAGAAAAGAAACUAACUUGUUCUGAUUUGAUAUGUCUUGGCUUACCUUGGAAAUCAACUGAAGAAUCAAUUAAACAAUAUUUUGAAAAGUUCGGCGAAGUUGUAAUGGUUCAGUUAAAACGAGAUAAAAACGGAUUGUUUAAAGGCUUCGGCUUUAUAAGGUUUGCUACAUAUGCCUCACAAAUGCGAGCUCUUGCUCAAAGGCAUAACAUAGACGGUCGCUGGGUUGAUGUUCGUAUUCCUAAUUCUAAAGAGGGAGUAGUACCGCAAAUGCCUUGUAAAGUUUUUGUCGGCAGAUGUACAGAAGAUAUGACAGCAGAUGAUUUGAGAGAAUAUUUUUCAAAGUUUGGUGAAGUAACAGAUGUCUUUGUUCCGCGACCGUUCAGAGCAUUCGGGUUCGUUACUUUCUUAGAUCCAGAAGUGGCACAAAGUUUAUGUGGUGAAGACCACGUUAUAAAAGGUGCAUCAGUUUCUGUGUCAAGUGCUGCACCAAAAAUUAAAAGUAAAUCUAAUCCUAAUUGGAAAGAUGACUCCUAUGGACCAAACAAUUGGGAAGGAAAUCGGUCAGGUCCAUCUGGAGGGUCAAAUGGCAGUGGCAGCAACAAUAACAUUGAUACUCUCAAUAUGCAGAACUUAGGCAUAAAUCCAAAUGGUGGUCCACCAGCUAACUUCAAUUUGCCAAUAAGUCUUGUUGCUGCAGCUUUGAACCAAGCUGGCUGGGGUGGAUUUUUGGGUGGUCCAGGUAAUUCAGGUCCAAAUAAUUGGCAGGGUGGCCCUCCUCAAGGCAGUGGAGGUAAAAAUUGGAAUAAUAAUCAAAAUUGGGGUCAAAAUGGACCUCCCCCAUCAUGGAAUCAAAGUAAUAAUCCAGGCUGGAAUGGUGGAAAAAAUGGCAAUUGGAAUCAAGGCAACUGGCCAAAUGGACAAGGAUGGGGUGGUAAUGGAGGGGGAGGUUCAGGGAGUUCAGGGUCUAAUGGUGGAUGGAAUAACAACAAACCCCAGACAUGAGGUGAGCGUACACUAGAAAUGUUCAUAGCAGAGAUGAUUGUGUGGGGAGGUAUAAGAUAAGUGUUUAAAUGUUAUUGAUUUUGCUAUUUAUGUGAAUAUACAUAUAUUAAUAGUGAUAUGAUAGUUUUAUCACAAAAAUCAAUUGUAAAAAGAUAAAACAGAUUGUAGUAGAUUUAAGGUGACAUUGUUCUGUGUGUAAUUUGUGAUAUGGCAUGAUGUGAGAGAUAUUGAAUUAAUAAAGUAUGCAUUCUGAGAUGGAUGUUUCAAUUGCGCUGUUGGGUGGGUUAAUAAUUGUGUAUCAUUGAAGAAUGAUAGAUUUAAGGGUGAAAUUUUAUUUUAUCAACAUUUAUUGAGUAAUGGAAUUGGUUGAUUGCAUUGAUCUCAAUUCUUUAGGAAUUGAGUAUGAAUGUAUUUGGAUAUGGAGUGAGUUAAAAUAUGGUAUGUAUAUAAAUGAACAUGUGUAGCAGACGUCUCGGCGUCUGAGUGAGUGAUAGUCAAGAUGUGGCUACUCAAUGCUGCUGGAAUUAGAAAAGUACCGUCUGAGUGCGUCUGCAUCAAAGUGAUACAUUUUGUUGAUUUGGGAAUAAUCAAAUGGAGUAAUGAAUUAUCAUUGAAAGAAAAACAUUGAUGAAAUUUAUAUAAAAAAUUGGAAGGUGCAAUGGACGUCACAUCAUGGAUGGAGAUGGAUAGAAAUUGCAAUGUAUUUUUGUUGAAUAGUUUUUAUUAAAACAUUGUUGAAUGAGUUUUAAUAAACUUUAUAUUUACA